AUGUCCCUGGGGGACUCCAGCCGCCGCAGAGAGGGAACUUCCCGGGGGCCCCACGGCAUCCUAGUUGGCGCCGGGCUCAGGCCCUCAACCCUGCCUUCCUCACGAGGCUUUCCCGGAGGCGGCGAGAGCGUGGCCGGCCCGGAGGAGGCCCCAGCCGCCAGCCCGCUGCUAGAAGACCUCAGGCGGCGGCUGGCGAGCGCCUUCCAGCGGGCGGCGCCGCGCGGCGUCUCGAGGCGCUCGCGGGAGGAGGCGGCGGCGGAGGCGGCGCGGGAGGAGCGGAGCCGGGCGCGCGUCGAGAGCGCCCUGGCCGGGCUGCGCGCCGAGCUGCUGGAAAUGCAUUUCCAGAAUUGCCAGCUGGCCAGAACUCUGCUGGAUUUAAACAUGAAAAUGCAGCAAUUGAAAAAGUAUGAACUGGAAAUUGCAUCAGAAUUGCAAAGCUCGGAAGAUAAUGUCGUGAAUAUGGAAUGAGGAAACGCACAGAAGAAGAUCUGAACCCUAAAAAUAACAUAGACAGCUCUGAAACAAUUCUGACAGUAACAUUAUGGAUGCUUUGUGUAAGACUUUAGGGGCAAUUUUUAGGCCAAAAGCUUUGACG